AGUGUUUAAGGGGCCAUCUGAGACAUAUCUCUCCUCUCAAACAUUAUUUUUUUGAUCAUUAUUGAGAUCAAAAUCUCAACAUUUCCUGUAAUUAGUUGUAGAGGGUAAAUUGAUUUUGUGUAUUUUUUUUAUUGAGAGUUUUAUCGAUUUGGAUCUUUGUUAAUGGGUGUUAAGGAGGACUUGGAAAAAGGGUGUAAUGAUGGGCAUUUGAAAGAGGCUCUCCUACACAAGCCAAGCAGCCAUGGAAGUAAACAUAAAAGUAAUGGCAGAAAGUUCUCAGAAGCUCAAGACUUCCAAGGAAGCAGUGUAAUUUCUCUUUUCUGUACUGCAAUUGUUGCCCUGGGGCCUGUGCAGUUUGGAUUCUGUAAUGGAUAUUCAUCCCCUACUCAAGAAAAGAUUAUGGAUGAUCUCAGCCUCUCUGUGUCUCAGUUCUCUUUGUUUGGUUCGUUAUCGAAUGUCGGUGCAAUGGUUGGGGCUAUAGCCAGUGGGCAGAUUGCUGAUUUCAUUGGGCGUAAAGGGGCUUUGAUCGUGGCUGCAAUUCCCAAUAUUAUUGGCUGGCUUACUAUCUCUUUCUCACAGGAUGCUUCAUCUCUCUAUUUGGGAAGGUUGUUGACCGGCUUUGGAGUGGGUGUCAUCUCAUUCACUGUCCCUGUGUACAUAGCAGAAAUAGCUCCCAAGCACUUGCGUGGUGGCCUCGGAGCAGCAAAUCAGCUCUCUGUCAUAAUUGGUAUUAUUCUGGCUUAUCUAUUCGGACUGUUCUUUGAUUGGAAGGAUCUUGCCAUUGCAGGAGUAGUUCCUUGUUGUCUUCUGGUUCUUGGGUUAUUGUUCAUCCCAGAAUCUCCAAGAUGGCUGGCAAAGACUGGUAAUGCAAAUUUUGAAGCUGCAUUGCAAGUUCUCCGAGGCUCUAAGGCUGAUGUUUCCUUGGAAGCAAUUGAAAUCAGGAGUGUUGUGGAGAUGGGAAGUCAACAACCAAAAAUUAAAUUUUCUGAAAUUUUAGAACGAAGAUAUGCUAUGCCUCUCUUUAUUGGCAUUGGGCUGCUUCUUCUGCAACAAUUAAGUGGAAUUAAUGGCAUUAUGUUCUACAGCAGUUCCAUUUUUAAGUCUGCCGGAAUUUCAUCUGGUAAUGCUGCUACCCUUGGACUUGGUGCUGUUCAGGUUGUUAUGACUGCAGUCACUGCAGGGUUGAUUGACAGAGCUGGCAGACGCCUCCUCCUCCUGGUAUCAUCUGGAGGAAUGGCUAUCUGUCUUUUCCUGGUUGGGGCUGCAUUCUAUGCUAAGAGCCACCUGUCAGGAGACCAACAUCUUGAAACAUUCAUCAGUGUUUUGACCUUGACAAGUGUGUUGGCCUACAUCAUCUCCUUCUCACUUGGUAUUGGGGCUAUCCCUUGGAUUAUAAUGUCUGAGAUACUUCCAGUUAGUGUUAAGGGAUUGGCUGGUAGUGUAGCAACAUUGGCAAACUGGUCAUCUUCUUGGCUGGUGACCAUGACUAUAAAUUUACUUCUACAGUGGAGCCCUGCAGGAACAUUCUUUCUUUAUGCCAUCAUAUGCUUUUUCACUUCAAUCUUUGUGGCACUUUUUGUACCUGAAACUAAAGGGCGCACUCUAGAGGAAAUCGAGGCAUCAUUUAGAUGAGCUAAAUUAAGAAACGUCUUACAUAAUUUCGAUAUUAAUAACAGCAAAACAACGACAAAAGAACGUCUUACAUGUUGCUUCUAUAGAUUGGUAUCAUUUAUACACUUCUGUGCCUCAGAGAAUACAUGAUUAUGACCAAAUUCUACCAAAUCAUAAUUCAGUGUUCACAUGAAUUAUGAAAGUUUUGAAGGGACUGAUUAGCUAGGUAUAUGAAUGGAUGGAUCCAUGAAUCAAUGAUUAAAAUCAAUCUAGAGUAUAUUUUUUAAUGUAUGAUUAUGAUUAAACGAUUUAAUUCCAGUUGUGGGACCCCUUAUCAUUAUA